AAAAGUGUAAACAUUGGCAUAUCAUAUCAUAACUCUUUAUUUACCACUGAAUAUAACAAUCCAAAACGUGUGCAACCUUUGAGAACCUGUGAUAUAAUAUUACCAGAAUAAUGGAGGUUGAUUUUCCUCGAGGUAAAGGGAGCCAGAAGAGAGAUAAAAAGGCAACUGCUAGGAAGCCGGUCAAAAGAAAACGGGAGAAAAACCUGUUCAUGACCGAGAAAAGUAGACCUAAAUCAAAGAAAAGAAAGAUUUCUAAAGUUGAAGAAGAUGAUGGAAAAAAACACAAAAUACAAGGAACUGUUGACACUCAUAUUUCAAACAAGAUAGAACCGUUUACUAUUAAGUCAGUAUGUCCUGGUAUGGUAUUAUUAGGUUGUAUCAGUGAAAUUAAAGAUUAUAAACUAAUCAUUACAUUGUCGAACAAUAUAAAAGGUGUGGUUGCUAUAACAGAAAUAUCUGAUGCUUAUACCAAUAAAUUACAACAGUUAGCUGAUGGACAGAUAACAGAGGAGGAGGAAGUAUAUGGUUUAUCGGAAAUGUUUGAAGUUGGUAUGAUAGUAUGUUGUAAAAUAGCUGAUAAUAAAUAUAAUAUCAAUAAAAAAAUAUUAGACUUAACAUUAAACCCUCGUCUGGUACAUGAGAAUAAAACAGCUAAAUGCUUGAAAAAUAACAUGUUGAUAUGUGGAAGUGUGGUAAGUGAAGAAGAUCAUGGUUAUUUAGUUGAUAUUGGUAUACAACAAACUACUGGUUUUCUCUCAAAAAAAUAUACUCAGACUUAUAUCGCGACUAUGUGUGAAGGUGAUAGUUUAAUGGUAGGAGAGCUAGUAUGGUGUCAUGUAGAAAUAAAAGAUGAACAAGAAUUAUUAUCAGACAGUAUCCAUACAAUAUAUUUAAAUAUUCAACCAGACAUUAUCUCAAAAACAAUGAUAGAAGUUGAUAGACCUAUUACAUACUAUAAUUUAGUUCCUGGCCUAAAUGUUACUGGUAUUGUCAAGAAGUCUAGUGAAUAUGGUAUAGUAGUACGUGUAGGUAAUAAGUUCUGUGUUAUACAUUCUACACAUGUUAAUGGUAGUCAUGAAGAUUUUAAAGAAGAUCAAAAGAUUCCAGUAAAAAUUCUGUAUAUUCAUCCAGAGAGUAAGACAGUAUAUGCUACCACUCUACCACAUCUACUAUAUUAUAAUGGUACCACAUUAGAUAAUAAAUUUAAUGAGUUUACUGUGGGAGAUAUUGUUAAGAAUGCUGUAGUUUGUGAAACCAGCAAGAAAGGAAUAUAUCUGAAAUUAACUCAUGGAAUAACAGGAUUUGCCCAGAAAGGUCAUCUAUCAGAUUCCACAGUUGAAAAAAUAUCUGAACAGUUUCCUAUAGGCUCAAAACAAAGAUGUAGAGUUAUAGGCUUUUCACCAAUUGAUAAUUUUAUUAUGUUAUCUUUGAAACAGAGUAUAUUAAAUAGAGAUUUUAUCAAGAUACGAGACAUAGUACCUGGAUCUUUGUUCAAGGUUGAAGUGAAAUAUGUAAAAGAUACAGUAAUAGGUGUUAAAAUUGGAGAUUUAAAAGGUAUUAUACCAGCUCUACAUAUGGCUGAUGUACCGUUAAAAACACCACAGAAAUUAUUUAAUGAAGGAGAUGAACUAGAUUGUAGGGUUCUAUCGGUAGAUAUGAAGGACAAUAAAGUAACUCUUACUAAUAAAAAGUCACUAGUUAAUACUACCUUACCUAUAGUACAUGAUACCAGUCAAAUACACAAACAUCUAGAAUUAGAAGGCUUUAUUGUUAUGAUGAAUGAUAAAGGUGUUCUGGUAGCUUUCUAUAAUAAUGUAAAGGGUUGGGUACCUAUAUCAGAACUAACUGAAGAGAGAAUAGAACAUCCAGAUAAAGUUUUUUAUAUAGGACAAGUAGUAAGAUGUAGAGUUAUAAAUUAUGAUGAAGAGAGUAAGAAAAUUAUACUUUCUCUCAAGAAAGGCACCAGACAAAGAGAACCAAGAAAAAGACAGAUUUCAGUAUCUGAUCAAUUUGAAGCUGGGAAGAUAAUAGAAUGUAGAAUAAAGAUUAAAAGAAGAGAUGUAUUUAUAGUAGAAGAUCUAGCUAGUAGUUAUGAAGCUGUGUUAUAUAAAUCUCAUCUUGCUGACUUUGAUGACUUAUGUGAUUUAUUGUGGGAAAAGUUACAAGUUGAUGAUGUUUUAAAACAAGUUAUACAUUUUUCUGGCACCAAUAAGAUAGUAUCCUUUACAACUUCAGUGGUUAUCAUGGUAGUAUCAAUGAAACCAUCUUUAUUAAAACAGACAGAGAAUGAUAUUAUACCUAGAGAUUUCUCUGAUAUCAGUGUAGUAUCAAUGAAACCAUCUUUAUUAAAACAGACAGAGAAUGAUAUUAUACCUAGAGAUUUCUCUGAUAUCAGUAAAGAUAUGAUAUUACCAGCUGUAGUAAAGAAUAUAGUAGAAUAUGGUAUUUUCUUUACAUUGACUGGUGGAUUAGGUGGAUUAGUUCCAAUGAAGGUUGCAAGUGAUAACUAUUUAUCUUAUGAAGAUAUAGUAGAACACCUCCAUAUUGGACAGAGUAUAGUUAUACGUAUUACCUAUCUUGAUAUAGAGAAAAAAACAUUUGUUGGUUCCAUGUUGACCAAACAUUGUUUUCCUAACUCAGUAAAUAAAGCUUCACUAUUGAUGGAAUCCUAUUUAGAUAAUAAAGAUUUGGUUUAUGACUUACUGAGUACUAGUAUGUCUUGUAAAGAUAUUAUGAGUAAAAUGAGGAGUAUACCAGUAGGUUCUGUUGUUAGUACUGUAGUUAAUAAUCUAGAUGAUGAUGGUAUUGACUCUACAUUAUCUAAUGGUUUACAGGCACACGUCUCUACUGAUCUAACUUAUGGUAAAACAGUGAUGGAAGGAGAUAAGAUAUUAGGUGUUGUAUUGUCUAUAGAUAUAUUAAAUAAUAGAAUAGAAUUAUCUCUAGAUGAUAAGGUUAUAUCUGCCAUGAAAAAAACACAAACAGAAGAUGAUGUUCAACAGUUAAAUAUCCAUACAACUAUAUCAUCUACUAUAUUACAAGUCAAUCCUGUAUAUUAUUUAGUAUCAUUAAGAGGAAAAGCUCUAGGUUCUAUGGCUUAUGUACCUACAAAACAGACUAUUAAUAGUAUCAAUGAUAAAGAAUUAUUCCCAGUUCAUCACAAAUUAAAUGUUAAAAUUAAUAGUGUUCACAAUGAGAAUCUGAUAGCGUUAGUCAACUAUAAAUUAAUGGAAGCUCAGAUCGAGAAAUUUAAAGAGAAGUUUGUAAAAGAUAAGACCUAUCUAUCUAUUGGUGGGUGUUACACAGCUUGUAUAAAACAGAUUCAUCCCUCUACCAUGGAGUUAGAUAUAGAGGGUUAUACUGGUACUAUACACUGCGCUGAUAUGGUGGACACUAUUGAAAAUAAUGGAUAUCAUCCUUUCAGUGAAUACAAGAUAAAUGAUAAACUUAAAGUUCGAGUCAUUGGCUUUGCCAAGAAAAAAAGUGAAGAAAAGAUAGCAGAAUGUGUAGCUAAACCUAGUCAGCUGAAGGGAAAAAUUGGAAAAGUUGACAAAAGUUUUCCACUGAAGAGUCGUCGAAAUGUAUUCAUUAAAAAGAUUGAUAAAGAAGAGGUCUGUGUAUUUUUAUCAUCUAAAAGAAUGGGCUUGAUUUCAAAAUUUGAUUUAUCGAAUGACCUAACAGCUUUAGAACAUGUAGCAGAUCAUUUUAAGAAAGGUCAAGGCUAUGACGCAGAAGUAGUAGGCUGUAAAGGAAGGAGAAAAAUUGUCUUGUCGCUACUAGAUCACAGAGAAAAAACUGUUGAAGGUGAAACAACGAAAUGUUUUGUUAAUCACAUAGAUAUAGAAACUAAUGAAUUAUCAGUUUCUUUACCAUGGAAAUAUAAGGCUAUUGUGAAAGUCAAUAAGAACAUUGAAAAUUACCGUCUUGGUCAGUGGUUUUGGUGUGAUGUCUUAACAAUAGAUAAGACUAAAAGAACAUGUACUAUAAAACUGAAGAACUCAAGAAAAGAGAAGACAUAAUUUUAAGCUAGAUAUUUCUUGUGUUCAUUGUAUAACUUGUAAUUAAAAAUAUUCAUUUGU